AUGAAAAUGAAUUUUGAAUAUGACAAAAAGAACGAAAUUCAAAUUAUGAUUUCCAAAUUUUAGAAGUUAAAUGCAUUAAAGGCAUGGCUAAGGAUCUAAUAAACAAAGUUCGUCCAAGUUCUAUAGAACAGUUGAAAAAAAAACUUACCGGCAAAGUAGCCUUACUAACUGGUGGGGCAUCUGGUAUAGGAUAUUCGAUUGCAAAAAGCUUUUUAAAUCAUGGAAUUUCUGCUCUUACAAUUGCUGACAUCCAUAGAUCGAAUGGAACAGAAGCUAUAAAAGAUUUAACACUUAAAUUUGGAGAGGACAAAGUAAUGUUCAUUGAAUGUGAUGUUACCAAAAGAAGUCAAAUGAACAGCGUAUUUCAAGAAACCUUGAAACAUUUUACCCGUCUUGAUAUUGUUGUGAACAAUGCAGGAAUUAUGAAUGAUGCUGUAUGGGAAAAGGAAAUUAAUACAAAUAUAGGUGGUUGUUUAGUUGGAAGUCUGCUCGGCUUGCAAUAUAUGUCUGAAACAAGUAAAGGAAGAGGUGGUACUAUUAUAAAUGUGGCUUCCAUCAUAGGUCUUAUGCCUUGCAAUGGUUUUCCUAUUCAUACAAUGACUCAAUAUGCAAUUGUCGGAUUGAGUAGAGCUUUUGGCGGACACUACAAAAGAACAAAAGUAAAAAUUAUAGGCUUUUGUCCAGGUUUAACUCAGUCGGAACUAAUUGAAACAGCUUAUAAAAAUACCUUAAAUGGACAUUUCGCUAGGGUGUUUCAAAGAGAAGUUGAAGGAUGCUAUCUGCAACAUCCAGAUUUUGUAGGUAAUGGAUUAGUCAAAGUUAUAGAUAAGGCCAAACCUGGAUCUAUUUGGUUUGUUGAAAACAACGAUCAACCUCACGAAGUCCAUUUUCCAGCACUUUCAAGCAUGAUACGCGAAAAAAUGUAUUAGUUAAUUUUGAAGUAAAUAAAUAGAAUACCAUUUC